AUGGGGAACCAAAUCCCUCACUGUGAAGCUAACUUACUUCCUGAAAUAAAUAUGAUGUUUGAUACAUUAGAUGAUGGUUUAUGCUUUUAUAAGAACUAUGCAACUGCUUAUGGCUUUGAAGUUAGACGUUUUGGGGAGAAAAAGUCUAAUGGUGUUAUUAUGAUUAAGUAUUGUGUUUGCAAUAGACAAGGUCAAAGAAUUGUGAAAUCUAAUACUACGAGAAAAUGUUUACAUUCUCGUGUGAAUUGUCAUGCUAUAAUUGGUUUUCGUAGGACUAAAAACGAAAAAUAUGUUGUUUUUAAGUUUGUAGAAGGUUAUAACCAUGGUUUUGCAUCUCCUACUACUAGAUUGCAUAUGAAAGGUUCAUCUGACAUGCAUAUUGGAAAAAAAAAAAGGAAAAAAAAUAGCCCUAGCUUUUUCUUUGACUUUGAUGUUGAUGAUUCCAAAUCACUAUGCUUGGCACAAUGGACUGAUGGUACAUGUAGAAGAAAUUAUGCUUUUUUUGGUGACUCUAUAUCUAUAGAUGCUACAUAUAGCACUAAUAAGGACAACGAGCCAUAUGUAUUUAAAUCUGAGUGGUCAAAAUUGCAAUUUGAUUAUAAGCACCAUAAGAUGGAUAAAAAUGUUUGGUUGUCAACUAUGUAUAAUAUCAGGGAAAUGUGGGUUCCUGCUUAUUUUAGAUCUAUUUAUAUGGGUGGUUUGUUUAGGACUACAUCAACGUCAGAAAAUGAGAAUAACUUUCUUAAUUUUUUUGUAAAUAAAUUUCUCACUAUAGUCAAGCUCCAAAUGAGAUUUCAAAGCGUAAUGGAUGCGCAACGUCAUAAAUUCGAAAUACUUGAAAGUAAGGAUAAGUUGUUUACUCCACCCCUUAAGACACCAUUAAUGUUGGAAAAACAUGUUGCUUCUAUAUAUACUCUUGCUGCUGUUUCCCUGACUCUUAGCUAG